CGUCAGAAGUCUUGGCGCGCCCUCUGGUGUCUGAAGAAGCGCGUCACGCGCCGGAAAAACACCUGAAGUUCAUUAUCAACCUAUCCAAUUUAUCAGCUAUCUGCGUGCAGUGUUUUUCCUCGCUAUUUACAGUGCUGAUUAUUAUAUCAGGCAAAGGAUUAUUAAGCGCCGCUUUGUAAACAAACAUUUACGAUUGUGGCCGAGCUGACUGGUUUGUGAAGAAAAGGUGCAGAACGAUUCUCUUCUCACGCCGUUUUACCUCAGCAGCGUUCAUGCUCUCUGAAAUGACCAGCUGUUUCAUCGAAGAUGACUCCGUAGCUUCAAUCAGUCUGUCUGAGUUCUCCAGCUCCUCAUCUGUGUCUGACAGAGCAUGUGUUCACUGGGGUUGUGUGCUCAGUGCCUCUGAGACCACAGCUGUCUUUCAGGCAGAAAAUGACCUUCUGGAGAACCAGUUUUUCAUCAAAACGAUAUGUCUUAGUGAGGAGGCAGGAGACGAGAUGCAUAUAGUGGCCGUCUGUGAUGGUGUCGGAGCUUCCAAACCGUUGCCCAUUGCCACCCUCCGCCACUGUAUGCCAAUGAUCAGUUUUCCUGGUUUGGAGCUUAUUCCCCCCGUCACCUUUAAACUGUGCUCGGGUAAAGGACCUGUGUUCAUCUCUGCUCAGCAUAUAACAUUGAAUCCCAUUGAGCUGACUGAGGGGGAGGUGGAUGAUGAUGAUGAUGAUGAUGAGGAUGAAAGCUUAUUUUGACCCUUUGAAACAUAUUGGGUCUGGGCGGUGAUUGUGCCAGUAUUUGUUACUAAAGCAUUACAGUGUUAGUCAACAUUAAAAAA